GGGGCCAAGUAUUCCAGUUUUUGAGUGAAGCCCGCGCUGCCACGUAAAGGAAAGCAGCCAUGAACAAGAGCAGCCUUUAAGGAAACGGAAAAAAACACAAAACAAAAAAACCCGACAAUUUCAGCACCUUCGUGAUUCAGAAAACCACAACACAGAAACAAUGGCAUUGAGAGGAGCUGUUGCUGCGGCAUGCAACGUUGGGGGAAGACAGAGGAACACAUCUCUCCUAUCGAUUCCUCACUAUCUCGGAUUCAAAUUUAAUCGACUUCCCUCACAUCCUCUCCAUAGAUUCACAGCCUUUCCUAUGCACCAACCCGCGCUUAGAUGCCCAAUUCGUGCUGUAAGUGAGGCAACUGCCAAUCCGGUAACACCCAAGAAGGAAGUUGGAGAAGAACCACCUCCGAAUUGGAAGAUCAAAAUGCUGUACGAUGGGGACUGCCCGCUUUGUAUGCGUGAGGUUAACAUGCUCAGAGAGAGGAAUGAGCGCUAUGGUACAAUCAAAUUUGUUGAUAUAAGCUCGGAUGAUUACUCCCCAGAGGAAAAUCAAGGCCUAGACUACAAAACUGUUAUGGGAAGGAUUCACGCAAUCCUAUCUGAUGGAACUGUAGUCACUGAUGUUGAUGCAUUUAGAAGGUUAUAUGAACAAGUGGGUCUUGGAUGGGUUUAUGCCAUUACCAAAUAUGAACCUAUUGCAACAGUAGCUGAUGCCAUAUACGGUGUUUGGGCUAAAUAUCGUCUUCAAAUCACAGGGCGGCCAUCUUUAGAAGAGGUUUUGGAGGCUCGAAAGAAGAACAAGGGUGAAGUAUGUAAUGACAAGAAUACUUGUAAGAUACGAGCUUGAUGGGCAAUUGCCAGAAGCAGAGUUUUCAAGGCCCCCCCUCUUUUUACUUCAAAAUAACAUCUUCAAAAUGAGCUGUAAUUUUACAGUCUACUGCUAUCAUUUAGUACAGUCAUCCAAUUGUAAAUUCCAAAUUCAAAUGCAAUCCCCUAUGCUCUUACAAUGUAUAAGUUAUGAUAUUCUACUUUUGUCAGAUAGAAGAAGGAGAAUAUUAAGAACU